AACUUCUCCAAUUUGACCCCUUUUAUUUGAUUGAAUUUUGGCAUUGUACAGAUACUCGUCAAUAUGGCUGAGGCUAAACUCGUGGACUUCUCUCCUCAUCAACCAGAUGCUGUCUCCCCACUGCCGACUGCGAGCAACCUCGUGCUUAUUGACAACUACGAUUCAUUCACCUGGAACGUGUACCAAUACCUUAUCCUCGAAGGUGCCACGGUUACGGUGUUCAGAAAUGAUCAAAUCACGUUGCAGCAGUUGAUAGAGAAGAAGCCGACGCAACUCGUCAUCAGUCCAGGUCCUGGCCACCCGGAUCACGAUGCCGGAAUCAGCAAAGAGGCGAUAUUACAUUUCAGCGGCAAAAUCCCCGUCCUGGGCGUCUGUAUGGGAGAACAAUGCAUGUACUCGGCUUUUGGUGGGACGGUGGACGUAACAGGGGAGAUAUUGCACGGCAAAACAUCUCAACUAUUUCACGAUGGCAAAGGAGUAUACGCCAAUGUCCCUCAGGAUAUCCCUGUAACCCGAUACCAUUCGCUUGCUGGAACUCAUCCGACUCUUCCAUCCUGUUUGGAGGUCACCUCGUGGACGGCUCUUCCAGAUGGCAACAAGCAUGUCAUCAUGGGCAUUCGACACAAAGAAUAUGUUGUCGAAGGAGUCCAGUUUCAUCCCGAAAGUAUUCUGACCGCCGAAGGUCGAACGAUGCUGAAGAACUUUCUGAAAAUGCAAGGAGGAACUUGGGCGGAGAAUGAAGCGUUCAUCAAGACCACCACGCCAGUCAAGGCGAAUGAGAUCUCGCGUGAUAAAACCACUUCGAUCCUCGAAAAAAUCUACGCCCGUCGAAAAGAGCUGGUCGCGGCGCAGAAGCUAGUCCCUACGCUAAGCCCGGAGAACUUACAGGCGGCGUAUGAACUUGGACUGGCUCCUCCCCUGAUGCCGUUCCGGGAACGACUCAGCCGCACGCCGUUCCAGUUGUCAUUGAUGGCCGAGAUCAAGCGCGCAUCGCCUUCGAAAGGCAUCAUCGCCGCAGCUGCGUGCGCUCCUGCGCAAGCCAGGCAAUAUGCACAGUCCGGAGCAAGCGUCAUCUCCGUCCUCACCGAGCCUGACUGGUUUAAGGGCACGAUCGACGAUCUCAAAGCUGUCCGGCAAGCUGUGGACGGUAUGGCGGACCGGCCGGCCAUCCUACGCAAAGAGUUUAUCUUCGAGGAGUAUCAGAUUUUGGAGGCGAGGCUCGCUGGUGCGGACACUGUCCUCCUCAUCGUAAAAAUGCUCGACGAAGAGACGUUGACGCGAUUGUAUCGAUAUUCGCAGUCUCUAGGCAUGGAGCCAUUGGUGGAAGUCCAGAAUGUGGAUGAGACCCGCAUCGCUGUGGAUUUGGGCGCCCAGGUUAUUGGCGUCAACAACCGGAACCUUACCAACUUUGAGGUCGAUCUAGAAACCACCAGUAGACUCAUGGAUAUGGUCCCCAAAGAGACUAUUGUGUGUGCCCUGAGCGGCAUUUCUGGUCCCCAAGAUGUCGAGCCCUAUCAAAAGAGCGGUGUCGGCGCGGUACUUGUGGGCGAAGCCUUGAUGCGGGCGACGGACCUCCCGAAAUUUGUUUCCACCCUUCUCGGGGGUGGACAGAGCGUGAGCAAGACACCAGUCAAGAAUGCGCCACUUGUGAAGAUAUGCGGCACACGGACUCCGGAGGCUGCAAAAGCCGCUAUUGAAGCAGGGGCCGACUUGAUUGGAAUGAUCCUUGUCUCAGGAAGAAGUCGGUGCGUCUCUCGAGACACUGCGUUGGCGAUCUCAAAAGUGGUGCAUUCAACACCAAAAAGAAAUGGACCGACAAGGAAAUCCAGUUCAUUGGCAGGUCCAUCUGAUUUCUUCGAGCUCACUUCCUCAUACCACCUGUCGUCCACCACACGCAGCCUUCUUGUCGGAGUCUUCCAGAACCAACCGCUCGAGUACAUCCUGCAACAACAAACAGAACUUGGCCUGGAUAUUGUCCAGCUUCAUGGCGCCGAGCCGGUCGAGUGGGCGCGAUUGAUCCCCGUUCCCGUCAUCCGCAGCUUUAAGCCGGAGGAGAUCGAAGCUGGCGUGCGAGGAUAUCACUCCAUUGCCUUGUUUGACGCCGGGGCCGGCGGCUCGGGCAAAUCAGUGGACCUGUCAUCGGUUGUCAGCAGACUCAAGGCCGACCCGAACUUGAAGGUCCUCUUGGCGGGUGGACUGAAUCCGGCAUCGGUACAAGAUGUUCUUCGGCAACUUUCCAGCGUUCGGAGCCAGGUUGUUGGGGUUGAUGUUAGUAGCGGUGUCGAAGAAGAUGGGGUUCAGAGCAUAGAAAAGAUCCAGGCUUUUGUGAAGGCAGCUAAAAGUGAUUAGACCUUUCUCUAGAAUCUUAUACAGUACACCCAAUGGCAGGCGGCAUGCUGCUGAUAUUUAUCCUUGGGGC